CAGGAGGACAAUUAGAAUUUAGAGAGAAGACUCGAUUUCCCAUUUCUCAACGGCCAAUGGAGUUGACGACCCCAACAUCAAAUCCACCCUUCUUCUUUUCGUCUCUUUGAAUUCCCCUUUCCUAAUUCCUCUUAUUCUCUCCGGAUUUCAUUUUGAUCGGUUGUUUUCGGGGGCCACCACCACCACCAUGUCCUUUGCCGUUGACAAGCCUUUCUUUUGUCACCAGUGUGAUCGCGCCAUUACUGUUUCUGUAUCCAUUUCCUCUGAUCCUCUUUGCCCACUUUGCCACGAGGGUUUUCUUGAAGAGUACGACAAUUCCAAUUCCAAUUCCAAUCUCAAUCUUGAUCUCAGGUCCUUUUUCCUUCCCCAACCUUUCCGUCGUUUCAAUCCGCUUGUUUUCUCCUCUUCCACAGUUGUUGAUCUUCAAAACCCUGGUAUAUUUUCAAGAACUUUGGCUUCGCCUCCCCAAUCCAGUUCCUCUGUUCACCCCGAGCCCUACGAUCCUUUUGUUUUUCUUCAGAAUCAUUUACGGAGCAUCUUCGAAAGUGGUGCCGAUGUGGUGUUUGAAAUUCCUUGCCAUUCUUUCCACUCUGGUGUUCCAAUGCCUCAAAAUGUUGGCGAUUACUUCAUUGGACCAGGCCUCGAGCAGCUUAUUCAGUUGCUGGCUGACAAUGAUCCCAACCGAUAUGGAACUCCGUCGGCUUCGAAAUCGGCAAUUGAGAAGCUUUCGACUAUCACUGUUACUGAGGACCUUCUGAAUUCGGAAAUGAAUCAGUGUGCCAUUUGCAUUGAUGAUUUUGAAAAAGGUUCGAGUUGCCUAUAGAUGAUUCUGAUUACGAGAAUCGAACGCGUGGAAACCGGAUGCAGGGGAAUGAAUCUUCCGGGGAAGAAUCAGGAUCAGAAAGCAGUAGGAGUAGCACGAGGCGUGUUGAAAGGAGGUUUAGAGUGCCACUAUGGUGGCCGUUUGGUAGCCGGAACGAUGGGAGUGACUCCGGUGGUGGAAAUGACAGUGAAUGAGAAGAUAGGCCUCAGGACAAACAAAUAUUGAAUUUGGUCUGGUAAGUUUCUGCAAAUUGCUUGCUAUGUUGUUUUGCCCCCAUGUCUUAGAUUUCUUUUCUUGCAUACAUAUGAUUAUUGAAUAUGUUCUGGUAACUUGUUUGUGAAAUGACUAGCCCCUACAGAAAAGGUAGAAGGACUAAAAGGGAACAGAGGGGAAGAAACGGGAAGAAAAUACAAUAAGGAUUGACAAUUGAUUCUUUUUUUAAGUAAUUGUUCAGACAAUAACUUUAUUUCAUGUAGACACAGUGAGAACGAUUUAAACAAUAUAUAUUAUAUAUAUUGAUUAAUAUUAAAUAUAUCUCUAGGAUGUUUUGAUCUCCAGCCUAUGUAAAGGGAUAUCUUAUGUUUUUGGUUGUUUGUCAUGGGAUCUUCGAUCCUCCGGGGGAAUGGCGAAAUAAAUGGUUUGUUGUGUUGAGUUUAUUAAUUUGUAGAAAAUGGAAACCUACUAUUACGAUUAAGAUGAUGAUAUGGCUAUCAUUGGUACUAUGUGAUUAAAUAGGUGAUGAUCCUGUGGACGUCCAUAGGUAGUAAGAGGAAGAGCUUGAAAUCUCUACGGCCACGUCUCUUUUUUAUAGGCAAUAUGAAAUUUCAUUGAUAAUACUUUGAAGAAUCAAUGGAACGAAGGAUCUUCUGAAGAUGAUUGUAACAAACUUUCUUCUUUGGAGUCUUUUCUAAAAGCUUCUUUCUUGCUGUUAUAAACACAAUAAAUUUGUUGUAGUUAUAGUCUUUUGAUGAUUAUAAUGACUUGAAGGGCAUUCUUUUGUUUGUUCUUUAAAUAAGAAUCUUGGCUGUAUUCAAGGGAAAAAGAAGACAAUACCACUUAAGAUGACAUCCCCCUCCCAAAGAAUGCUAACCACCAAAAGUUCUUCCAAUUGUCGAGAAUCAACAAUAUUGGAUAGCGACAAGAGAAUCUGCAACUGCUCUGGAAGGGGAUUUUCUCUCGGGUUUUUUAUUGUUUCAUAACAAAAAAAGGAAAGAAAAGAAAGGAAAAACCAUCCAUUCAUACAAAACCGAGGGGUUGCUAGGGCAAGGAUCAAUUACUAAAGGACCUUUUAGAAUCUGAUUUAAAUGCCCUGUUCCAGAUUAAGGAAGAUGUAAAUUUUGAAAAGCAGGUCCCCAAAUUUCCUCUCAAUCACAGCACUGUGAAGUUCUAGAGCAUUUGAAGUCUUUUGUUGAAGAAUGUGGAAUAACUUUGGGUUGAGUUCUUGAAAGUAGAUUUGUUCUCUGCUUCAUCAGUCAAUUAUCUCUGAAUUUUGAAUAGUGGAUCACGAGGUUUUUGACGGAUACUUCAAUAGUUUGGCCAUCUGCAGGUUCUUGGUUAGCCUAAUAGAGAUUUAGUCAUUCUUUCAAGUUUCAAAGGGACUUUAGGAGGCAUGUUGAAGCAAGGUUCUUGUUUGGCCCUGCUCCUCUUUAUUUCAGAAGUUGUUUUUGGCAGUUCGGAGCUUUGGUUGUUUGUUUCAUGAUUUCUCAGCAGGCACAAGAAUGGUUUCCUCUUGAAAAAGAAUUUAAAGUUAUUCUGCAGUUUGUUGGGUUGAAAGUUGUUAGCAAGUUUUCUGGGGCUCAAGAUUGUUUCUUGCCUUUUCUUGGUGUUUCUUCUCCAUUCAUCUUGAAGCUAUUACUGUGCAAGUCUUCCACCAAAUUUAGGUUUCUUAUUGAAAAACACUAUUUUUGCUUUGUAGUUAUUUCUCUUUUUCGAUUUGAGAUCUAGAGGAGUUUGGCUUGUUUGUAUUGUUAUUUUCAUUGAUCUUUAGUCAUUUUACUUCUUUUUGCUCCUAGUAUAAUUUUCUUAUACUUUGAGCAUCGGUCUCAUUUAUUAUCCUAGCUUGUUUCCAUCUCAAAAGGGGGCAUAAAACAUCAAACACAUUAGAGGUUGAACUAGUUCACAAAAGAGGGCAAUCCGACAAGGACUGUGAUUAUAUAGAUUAUGGAGAUGAGAGACGAUGCCAACGGAAACCCAUUAAUCUUCUAAUAUCUGAAACUUCCCUUUGAAGUUUUGACUUGACACUAAGAAAUAGAAUUAUGUUGGAGCUUUACUAUAACCAUGCUCACCUAAAGCUUCCAGGAAGAUUACAAAACAAAAGACUAGACUCCACUGUUUCUUAUUUAGCUCCAACUUCGAACUCCUCAAUGAAUAUCAGUGAACUUUUCCUUAAUCUUUGGUUUUUAUUAUGAGUUUGUUGGUAUCUCUUUAGAAGUGGAUUGGGAGGGUUUUCAUUCUUUUAAUAUUAUUAUUAUUUUCUAAUUUAUUAUUUAGCUAUUUCCUUUAGCCGUUGGUUUUUGGUUAAACUAUAAUUUUAAUCCUUUGAGUUUUUAAAUAAAAUUCAUAUUUAAUAGAUAGACAAAUCUUUAAAAAGUUUGAAUGUGUCAAUAACUUAUUGGACAUAAAUUAAAAAUUCAUGGAAUUAUUAGACACUUUUUUAAGUUCAUGAGUCCAAAUAGACACGGAAUUGAAAGUCUAAGAACUAAAUUGUAACCUUGUUUUGUUAGGCUCUUUUAAAUAUUUAAUCUUUCCUCAACAGAAAAUUUGGCUGCCCAGGAACAAAAUCUUGUUCAAGUGCAUGUAUCCCUCCUAGAGUGCAAGCUAGAUAUGGUCCUUUACUUAGAUAUGAAGAAAAACUUUUCUCAAUAGAUUUACGAGUAGCAUGUGGCUUUAAAAAUAUAUGUACCUUGUAAAUAGAUUUUGUGUCUACUCUCAAAUUCUUCUGAACCAUUGUCUAUCAAGCUGUUUGAGUUUCUAUGAUAUGUCUAUCCAUGUUUCUUCUAGAAGUUUCUGGUGACUGAGUAGAUCUACAAGAAUGAAGGAGAGACCUUUCUCUGUCCAUGUUUGGUAUUCCUGACUACAACUUCUUAGCAUUUAUAGGAUGUAAGAAGGUUGAUUUGGGUCAAUUUAACAACAAUAUGAAAUUUAACACCCGACUGUACCAUCACCAAACAUCAAGAAACUAAGAGACUCACGUGUCGGUUGCUGUCUCUACAGAAUUCAUGAAUUAAACCAUAACAAAACUAACUAAUGUUUGAAGGCUAAAAUGUUACAUUGGUAAACCUUUGGGGUAUAAGUGUUUUCUUAACAAAAAAAAAGAAAAAAAAGAAAAAAAUGAAAUUGAUGAGAAAAAAAUGUAUAUAUAUGAAGGAUGGUUAUGGUAAAAGAAGCUCAAGAAAAUAAGAGUUUAGGGUUUAGGGUUUACCUUAGUUAUUUACUUAUACCGUAGGGAGAGGAAUGAGAGGUGAAUGUAAAUGUGGAAUGCAGUGUGGGGCCUUGCAGCAGUUAUGGUAUGGGAUUUAGCAUAUAAGUGAGAAAUUUUAGAUAUGUAUAUGCUCCCUUGUAGGCGAGCCAUCUUUCUGGUUAGGGUAUGGUCAGGGUCUGCAAACCAUUGCUAGACCCAAAAGCUAAGUUUCAGUUGGGGUUAAAGCUAAGCUGAUGAGUUAUGAUAAACUUAAUUUUAUCAAAAUGCUUUUAACUCAUUCCUCCAUUUUGUGGAUUUGAAAAUCUGUAGUAGGUUUAUUGGCUAACAAGAGUAAAUCAAUAUAAAAUAGAGGAGGAAUGGUGUUUAGGCCUCAAACAAAAUUGAUUAGAUGGAUUGCGUUAAAUUUAAUUUAUAUCAACAUUUCUCAAAUUCUUUUUUUUUUUUUUAGAAAAGUAUUGUAAUUAAUGCAACGGAGGGGAUAUUUGAACCUGGGACCUCUUGUCCACAAGUACAUACAGAUGUCCGUUAAGCAAAGUUCAUGUUGUCAACAUUUCCCAAAUUCUUUUAUGAUCUUGUAAUUCUCUACCAUGGAUAAGAAUUGUUUUAUGUCAGAUUGUUUCCUAUUAGAAUUUUCUUUAUCAUCAAUAAGAUUAGCAAUAUCUCAUUUUUAAACUUGCUCUAGAUGAAACAAACGAAAAUGAUAUUUCAAACUAAACUGAAAUGGUUUGAUCAGUUUAUGAGGUUAUUGGAUUUUUGUUUAUCUUAUUUUAAUAUUAUCGUUUUAGUUUCAACUUGCACUCGCUCCCAAUUUCCAAUCUCAAGUGGGGCGUUUGACCCUUAUAAUGGCCAGUUCACUUGUAUAUAAAAAUUCCAUUUUUUUAGGGGAAUAUGUGCUUUUGGCUCACAGUUGAGGUGAUUUAUGUACGGUGGGCUAAUACUAUCCUUGGAGUAGUAUUCGUCUAUUCGUUCAGCCAACUUUUGAAGUGACUUAAUUGACCGAUGGAUGUGAACGUAUAAAUCAUCCUUAAGAGAAGAAGAUAUAGGAUAGGAUUAUGUUAGUAUUAGAUGAGGAUCUACGUUACCUUUGAACUACUUUCCUUGAUCAAACUCCGAGAAGCAUGGACAAGAAAGGCAUACCCUUCACAGGCCACAUUUUAUUUUUAUAAACUAAGAUGAUAUUUAUUAUUAAUUAUGCCGUGGACACUCUGAAGACCAUCCAAAAUAGAAAUUUCUAGGCAGUUAAUCUUUAAGGGAAGGAAAUCUUUUUAUUACUAUUAUUAUUAUUAUUAUUAUUAUUUUUUGGGAAUGAUCUUUAGAGAAACGAAGUUAAAAGGAUUAUUUAUGUUAAACCCUUUAUAAACAGAUGAAGCUAAUUAAGACUUUGGCCCAUGUAUCCAGAAUAAGAAAAUUUGUGCUUUAAAACUAAAAAAUCUUGAUGUUCGAUAUCUAUUAUUGUUCAUAUACCAUCCAGACCACUGUUUUAAAAGGUGCAUCAAGGUGCGUGCCUAGGCUCAAGUUGUGCGGCUGGGGCUUAUUCAUGAAGUGGCGAAGCAUUUUCAAUAAGGCUCGGCUUAGGCACGUGCUUUCUUUGAGGUGCAAUAGGCAUAAUAGGUGUGGAUUUUUUUUUAUAAGAUGUGGGCUAGGCUUUAAUUAAAUAGAAUUAUUAUAUAUGUUUCUUAAACCUAUUACAUAAAAGUUAAGAAACAACUCUUCUUUUCCCAUUUAAAAUACUAUGCGGCUUCUCUUUUCAACAAACGACUUCUCUUUUUUGGGUAGAAAACUAAUAUUAUAAUAUUUUAUACAUUAGUGUUAAUUUUUAUUUCUACCUGGUUAUAUACUUAUACUUUAUACAUUGUCGCUCCUUUUAAUUUUGUAGAUAUGUACGUUUGUAUGUAUGUAUAUAUAAUAUAUAUUCUUUAUAUAUAGUGCGCCUCAUGAACUAAAAAAGCCCGCGCGUGCGCCUUGCGCCUAGGCUCUAGAGGGCACUGUGCCUUAAGCCUUUAAAAACACUGAUUCAGACAUGUGCAUGCAUACAUGAUUGGGAGAUUGUGAAGUGUUUUGGACAAAUUUGUGUAUAUAUUUCUUGGACAUGCAUCAAUCAUUCCCUUUUUUAUUUGACAUCUUCGGAUACGAAAGACCUUAACAUGAAGGUGAUAUGAUUUUCUUUUACCUUGCCUUGAGGGUUAAUGGGCGACAGAUUAGGGUCCUAAGUGCAUCCAUUAUUAAUUGUUAGUCGUAUAUCCUGGAGUGUAUAUCCAAGAGUGUAUUAGAAGGCAUUUGACACAUAGGUUAGGUUUAUGCAACUUGGUUCAGAGCUUCUGUACUUGUGUCUAUAUUUGGUAUAUAAUACUUGCUAUAUUUCUAAGUUUUAGUAAUACGAACCUUAUGAAGCAGACCUUUUACGUUGUUGUAGGAUAAUUGAGCUGUAAUGAUUGGACUUGAGAUUUUCCCCGUCGGGAAAGAUGUAUAUAGACUUGUUUAUUCUAGAUUACACAUUUUGAAAUGUAUAGUCUAUAUUCUAAUACAAUAAUUGAUCUAUAAUGAUUGAAAUUUAGAUUUUCUUUAA